AUGCAGCUGCGCCAUUGCUCCUUUGUCCAUUGAAGAGAGCAGCGCGACUCUGCACAAACACACCGGGCUCGUCCUGCACAACUCCGACACAUAAAGUGGUUGUUUUUUUUUUCUUUUUUAAAAUCUACUGGGUCGCAGUUCUUUGUUGCGGGGCCUCGCGCUGUGUUCUGGCCGUACUGGUGCGUCACGAGCCGCGCGUUUAGAUCCGAGUCCGCCGUGCAAGUGGAGCCCACAAAGGAAAGAGAAAAAAAAUCAAAAUGGAAGACACUAAAUACCUUCCGGAGCUCCUGGCUGAGAAAGACAGCUUGGAUUCGUCGUUCACGCACGCGAUGAAGCUCAUUUCUGCAGAGAUUGAAAGGAUCCAGAAAGGGGAAACCAAGAAAGAGCCAGAAAAGGAAAAUUAUCUGGACCUGUUUGCUACGAAGAAUCAAAAACUGAAAGAGCGGGUACUCAUUCCUACCAAGCAAUACCCCAGGGUCAACUUUGUUGGUAAGCUUUUGGGGCCACAGGGCAGCACAAUCAAGAGACUCCAGGAGGAGACUGGUGCAAAGAUUUCCGUUCUGGGUAAAGGCUCCAUGAGAGACAAGAAUAAGGAGGAAGAGUUGAGGAAGGGUGGUGAGGCCAAAUAUGCUCACUUGGCCAUGGAGCUGCAUGUGUUCAUUGAGGUGAUGGCACCCAUACCAGAAGCCUACAUGCGCAUGGCCCAUGCAAUGGAGGAGGUCAAGAAGUUCCUUAUCCCGGAGCCCGGCGAGCAUGACCCAUACAUGGAUCCUCACUUCCUGAAUGGCUCCCAGGACGGUUCAGGCAGGGGGCGAGGUGGUCACCUCGGAAGAGGCAGGGGUGGACCACCUGGUGCUGGAGGACCAAGGGGGCGAGGGAUGCCACGUGGAGCUCCCCGAGGAGGGAUGCCACGUGGAGGCCCACGGGGGGGAUUAGGGCGAGGCAACGGGCAUAGAGGUGCACCAUCCGGUAGGGGUGGACCACCGUCUGCUCCUAACAGAGGAGGCUCAGCUCCCCGCUCCAGACCACCUGCAGCAGGGGCUCCAAGGAUGCUCCCCUCUGCAGCCAUGUCCCACCAGGGUCCUCCCUCAUCAUCACAGUCCAAAUCUGAUGGCUAUGAGGACUACCCUGCAUAUGAUGAGCAGUACGCAGAGCCUUCCUAUGAGGGAUAUGAUAAUUAUUAUAAUCAGCAACCUGCACCUGCGGACACUGAAUAUUAUGAUUAUGGACACGGGGAGGCCCAGGAAACCCCAUAUGAGCCUUAUGCUCAAGAUGAGUGGGACAACUCAUGGUCCAAUUCCGGGGCUGGAGGCAAGACCCCCACUCCCAGGCAGUCGAAGGGAACGUAUAGAGAGCAUCCCUAUGGAAGAUACUGAACGGCUACUGGUAGAGAGUUGCUAUGGCAACUGUCUCCGAUUGUUACUCACUGAACUUUUCAAAAGUUGUCAGAAAACUGUACAUGCAGUUGACACAUUGAACUCCAGGUUACCUGUUUUUAAUGGUCCAUUGAAAGUCCCUGGAAAGAGCAGAGGCCCAGCUGUGUCUCUGAGGCUGACUGCUUCUUUGUCAAUACUAACCCCCCAGGGGAUUUGUGGGUUUUAUACUUUUCAUGAGGAUGUGGUCAUUGUUCAUGUUGAAUUUUAACGUUUUUAUUGAACGUGUCCAGAUUAACACUAUUUUUACACAAGACAUCUUAACUGCCUUUUUUAUAAAAAAAAAA